CGCUUUCUUCCUCCCUACCUUCUUCUUUCCCAGCAUCUCUCAUCCUAGAAACUGUUUUUUUUUUCCAUUUGCGAAUUAUAUAUAUACACAUACAUAUUCAAUUUCAAUAUCAUCAACACAAUCUAUAUAUAUACAUAUACAUAUAUAUAUGCAAGUCACGGAUAUAGAUAUUCCACACGUGCGUCAUUAAUUCCAAGGCUGUAGUAACAAAUUAUACUUACAGAAGAAGAAGGAGAAACAACAAAUGGCAGAUAUGGGAGCUUCCGGCGGUCAGUACCCAGAUUUUCCGGCGGCGGCGACGCACGGCGGUCAGUACAUACAGUACAACAUCUUCGGAAACAUGUUCGAGAUCACAAACAAGUACCGCCCUCCGAUCAUGCCUAUCGGCCGUGGCGCUUACGGCAUCGUCUGCUCGGUUUUGAACUCGGAGACCAACGAGAUGGUGGCGAUUAAAAAGAUAGCGAAUGCUUUCGAUAACUAUAUGGAUGCGAAGAGGACACUCAGAGAGAUCAAGCUUCUUCGCCACCUGGAUCACGAAAAUGUGAUUGCUUUAAGAGAUGUAAUUCCUCCUCCUCUAAGAAGAGAAUUCACAGAUCUAAGAAGAGAAUUCACAGAUGUAUACAUUGCCAUUGAAUUAAUGGACACUGAUCUUCACCAAAUAAUCCGGUCUAAUCAAGGAUUAUCCGAAGAACACUGUCAGUACUUCUUGUAUCAGCUACUUAGAGGACUGAAAUACAUACACUCAGCCGGUGUGAUACACCGAGAUUUGAAGCCGAGCAAUCUAUUGCUUAAUGCUAAUUGUGACCUCAAAAUAUGCGACUUUGGUCUCGCCCGAAUGAGCACGGAAAACGACGUCAUGACAGAAUAUGUUGUCACGAGAUGGUACAGAGCACCUGAAUUGUUGUUGAAUUCGUCGGAAUAUACUGCCGCCAUCGAUGUAUGGUCCGUUGGCUGUAUUUUCAUGGAGCUCAUGAAUCGAAAGCCUCUUUUCGCUGGGAAAGAUCACGUCCAUCAAAUGCACUUGUUGAUCGAGCUUCUAGGAACACCAACAGAUUCUGACCUGGAUUUCACGAGAAACGAGGAUGCGAGAAGGUACAUAAGGCAACUACCACAGCAUCCUCGUCAGAAUUUGGCUAAGGUUUUCCCACAUGUGAAUCCUCUGGCUAUGGAUCUCGUCGAUAAGAUGCUCACCACGAACCCUUCUAAGAGAAUUACGGUCGAAGCAGCUUUGGAGCAUCCAUACCUAGCAAGGCUACACGACGCAGCAGACGAACCGGCAUGCUUAGAGCCCUUCUCUUUCGAUUUGGAGCAUCAAAUGCUGACAGAAGAGCAGAUGAAAGACAUGAUAUACAAGGAGGCCUUGGAACUUAAUCCAUCCUACGCGUGACGCCAAAUAGACGCAUAUAUACUACUAAGAAAAUAUGCAAUAAAGAGUUAUAAACGAUUAGGUAAAUUCGACUCACGGGGGUCGAAUCAGAAGCGUCUUUAUAUAUAGAUGAAGGGCUUCAAAUUCUGCUCUAACUAGUCACUCGUAUUUUUUCGGUUUGUGCUAGGUUAUGCACCUGGCAAAUUGUCUUAAAAUCUUCAAGGUGUAUCCUCUCCUGUAUAUUGAGGGCUUGAGAUUUUGUUCUUUUUUUUUUUUGUUUGCACAUUAAAUUAUGUUAUGUGCAGAUUGUAUGUAAUUCAGACAUUCAAGAUUCAAAUUUA